UUUCCGAGUCAGAGGAACGGAUCCCCAUCCUGCCUCAGAUGAAGAUCAUAGACCUGUGAGGGUCACAUCCGCAGAAAGACCGUGGUUCCAUCCACCUGAAGAUUUGAGAGAGAGAGAGUGAGAGAGAGACACGGGGGAGAGAGACAGAGGAGCGAGAGACGGAGCAGAGAGAGAGAGAGAGGAGCGUCGGCGGCUCUGCAGUGGAACACGUUGUUAUUUGAGGGAAGGUCUCUCGGAUCUGUCGGAGUAUCCACAGCGAUCUGCGCUCACUGGAUUUGCGUUAAACGUCAUGGUCAAGUGACUCCUGGCUCCGUCUCACUUCACACGCAUCAAGUCCCAAAUCGCAGAUGAAAGAGGAACCGCAUCUUCCAUCCGCAUGUUUCUAUGUUCUCACGGCGAGGAGCAGAAACGUGGCUGGGAUCCGACGGUGAAGUAGAACCAAGAAAUUGAGCUGGCGGGAAUCGAACCCUGGCUGUCAGAUCCACCAGCGUGGAGUCCGCUCACCUGCACCUCCAGAUUAAUCAACAGGGUCAUGUCCCAGUUGCCAUGCGCAUCGCCACGCUGACCUGCCUCCGCGGCCCCUCCCCCUUCCUCUUUCUGCUGGCCCAGCUGAUUCUGCCUCUCCUCCUGCUCGGGCCGGAGCUGGUGGGGGCCGCCUCCUCCUCCUGCCCCUCCCUCUGCACCUGCUCCAACCAGGCCAGCCGGGUCAUCUGCACCAGGCAGAACCUGGACACGGUGCCUGAAAGCAUCUCGGUCAACACACGAUACCUCAACCUGCAGGAGAACUCAAUCCAGGUGAUCAAGUCAGACACCUUCAAGCACCUGAGACACCUGGAGAUCCUUCAGCUGUCCAAGAAUCAGAUCCGUCAGAUUGAGGUCGGAGCGUUCAAUGGCCUCCCGAACCUCAACACGCUGGAGCUCUUCGACAACCGCCUCACACUGGUGCCAUCUCACGCCUUCGAGUACCUCAGUAAACUGCGGGAGCUGUGGCUGCGGAACAACCCGAUCGAGACCCUGCCGGGCUACGCUUUUCACCGGGUGCCCUCCUUGCGACGACUCGACCUCGGCGAGCUCAAGAAGUUGGAUUUUAUAUCUGACGCCGCCUUUGUGGGCCUCAUCAAUCUGCGGUACCUGAACUUGGGCAUGUGCGGCCUGAAGGACAUUCCUAAAUUGACUGCUCUCGUGCGUUUGGAGGAGCUGGAGUUGUCCGGGAAUCGGCUGGAGAUCAUCAGACCCGGCUCCUUCCAGGGCCUGGUCUCUCUGAGAAAGCUGUGGCUGAUGCAUUCGCAGGUCUCGGUCAUCGAACGCAACGCGUUUGACGACCUUAAGAACCUGGAGGAGCUGAACCUGUCACACAACUCCCUGCACUCUUUACCUCACGACCUCUUUACCCCCCUGCACCAGCUGGAGAGGGUCCACCUGAACCACAACCCGUGGGUGUGCAACUGUGACGUGCUUUGGCUGAGUUGGUGGUUGAAAGAGACGGUGCCCAGCAACACCACCUGCUGCGCCCGCUGCCAUGCCCCCCCCUUCUUGAAGGGCAAGUACAUAGGCGAACUUGACCAGAGCCACUUCACCUGCUUUGCGCCGGUCAUCGUUGAGCCGCCGACCGAUCUCAAUGUGACGGAGGGAAUGGCUGCCGAGCUGAAGUGUCGCACGAGCACCUCCACGACCUCUGUGAACUGGAUUACUCCCAAUGGUACCCUCAUGACUCACGGCUCUUACCGGGUCAGGAUAUCAGUUCUGCACGAUGGUACGCUCAACUUUACCAACGUCACCCUGCGUGACACCGGCCAGUACACCUGCAUGGUGACCAACGCUGCCGGCAACACCACGGCCACCGCUGUCCUCAAUGUUACCGCGGCUGACACCAGCGUCAACUACACCUACUUCUCGACCGUCACUGUGGAAACUGUUGAAACAGCAGGAGUGGAAGAAGAGUCGGCGUUGGUCGCCAUCAACGAGACCUUCAUCCGUGUCCACGCAGAUCCCACUCCCUCAGGCCACCUGUGGCCAGAUGGCGUUACCACGCCUUCUUCUCUUUCCAUUGGCGGCAAUUCCUCCACUCCCCGGACGACGCGACCGACCCUCACUGUGCCCAUCACUGAACCGGGCUUCUCUGGCCUGGAUGACGUGAUGAAGACCACCAAGAUCAUCAUCGGCUGCUUCGUAGCCAUCACCUUCAUGGCGGCGGUGAUGCUCGUGGUGUUCUACAAGCUGAGGAAACAGCACCAGCUGCACAAACACCACGGUCCAGCUCGAGCCAUCGAGAUCAUCAAUGUGGAGGACGAGCUCGCGGCCGGCAACGGCAGCCGAAGCGGCGGGAUCUCAGGAGCGGCGGCUGUGACCCAAAGUGGCUGUAGCGGAUUAGUGGGCGGGCAAAGUCUCAGGUUGCACCACCCGGAAAUAGUCAACCUACCGAACCUGGCGCGAUCGGAUCACCUCAACCACUACUACAAGUCCCACCACUUCAACAACAACAUGAUGGGUCUGGGCACCGGCAUGGGCCUCAACAACAACAACAACCCGUGUUCGCAGUCCAUAUCCUGCUCCCAGGUCCCGACCACCACAAGUGGAGGGCUGCCCACCAGUGGGAGCCUCCCCACGCCCGUGCCCCUGCCCCAGCUGAGUCUCCACAGUUCCUUGAAAGGCCUGAUGGGUAAAGGUCAAAACGAGCCGCUGCUGUUUAAGAGCGGCUCCAAGGAAAACGUGCAGGAGACUCAGAUUUGAAUGGCAAGAGACGCGGUGGGACCAUGAUCACCGGACUGAUUGUAGCCAAACUGUCCAGGAAGAAACUAACAGCACUGGCCCCACGAAUAGCACCUGCGAGCGACACACAUCCAGAAUAUUCACAAUAGUCUCUUGCCAAAGUCCAAAAUCAUGAAAACACAAGUGCAAUGAACCUCUCUGGGUUUUAUACAGAUUGGUUUGUACAUUUCAAGACACGCUCAGUGUAUAUAUAGAGAGGGAGCUCUGAUGUUGGCCAAUGAACAUGUUGUCGGAUUAGCAUUUUGGCACAGAUGCUGACAAACAAACAGUGUUUCGGGGUGUGGAGCAGUCCCAGGUCUCCAGGACGCACUAGAACACAGGAAGUGGAAAUUAGAGCAGUGACUACGAACCAGGACUUCACAGGAAACAACGUCUGUUUGGUUCUCGCUUUUCCUGGCAGUUUCCUAACAGAGUUUUAGGAGGAAGGACGACGAGAGAGUUGAGACUGAAAGUACAUAUUAUAUACGUAAAUAUAUUUUCAUUCAAAGAAGUAAAUUAUAAAAAGAGUCUUUAUCAACCUUAAGACUCUGAAGAGUAUAUUUAAAAGAGGCCACCUUUCGGGACGUGGGUCAAGAUGGCCGACUCAGCCGCUUGAAUUUGAGUGGCUGAAAACUCCUGUGAUUUGUUUUGACUUUUUCGUAGCCACAGUUUCCGCUGUCAACAGGGUCAUCGGGGGUUUGUCCACAGUAUUAAUAAUAAUGAUCAUAACGAUAGUAAUGAUGACGUCAUGUCCGAUUCCGACAAAGCUGCUACUUUUAGUUCACGAAAAAAAAAACUGAGGCGGAGAUUCGACAUAUCAGUUGUUAUUGUGUUGUCAUUAUUAUCAUGCUAUGACUAUUAUUAUCACUACUUGUGCCUACCAAUAGCAGAGAAGUACAUUGUUUUGUUCCAUUUGUGUGCGACGCUGGAGUUGUGUUGUGACUUUGGGACGACCGCAACAGAAGGAGUUUAAAAAAAAAACAAAAAACAAAAGGACAGCCCUCAGAUUGACUCCACAGACUUUUGAAGACUGCUUCAGUGGAUUAUUUCACAACUGUAUCUCAGUGUUGUCGCGUUUGAGUGGAUUGUACGGCAGCCGGACGACAAAGGUAAGACGAGCUCGCUGGGUGACGGACACACAAGAGCAGUGGCGGGAAUAUUUUUCAACAACAAGGACAUAUAACUGAAAAAAAAAGAUAAUACCUUAUCAAUCUCUUUUAAGAAAAAAAAGUCAUUAUGAUACGUGUUUUUGAGUUGAGUUUUUAUCUAGUUUCAUUUCUGUUUGUUUUUUUAAACCGAGUGUUCUCUUUAUUGUAAUAUUGUUAUUGUUAUUAUAAUUAGACGAUUACACUGGUCAUAAUUAUAAGAGAUGUUCUGUUAGCAGAGGUCACUUUGAAAAUUAAAAAACCUGGCACAUAAAAGGGACUUUCAGGGUCUUUUUUUUUCUUUUCCCAUCAUUCUUGCUGUGUGUCGCCACGUUGCUUUUGGGAGAAAUUCCUCCGUUUCUUUUUUUAUAGGUUCUUUAACACAACUAUUGAAUAGUCUUAAUAGAAUCGCCCUCAGUUUACUGUACUAGCAGAUGAUUUGGGUGGUCCCUGGUUUUUACCAGUGUUUUGGGCUACUCAACGUGGACAUCAAGCAGGCCACGGAAUGUUUUGUGGUGGGCUACAAAUGGCCUGCAAGCCAUGAGUUUGAGAUCAGAUGCUUCUCUAUUAUCUACUAUCAUCCUCCCACCUCCCCUGUGGUCGCUCUCCUCGCUGCUACACUGAGCAAACAUUUACAUUGAGUUGGAACCAGUUUAUGAGCCGAGGUCCCACCGGGUAGGACAUGAUUCUGGUGCGAUGCUUAAAGGUGCUCAAUGCUCAUGCUUUUGUUUAUAACAACAAUUCAAUUCAAUUCAACAAGAAUCUGAGCAAAUGAAUUUACGACAGAAAACUUGAGGAAGGCCGUCAUCACCACUGGCCAACAAGGGCCUUGAGAGGACGUGUGGAGCAGAACGAGCAGGGUGGUCCAGAAGACAUCACGGGUGAGUGUGACGCGUUCCUAACACCGCGGCUCAGCUCUGCCCCGACAUCACUGCUGUGUUUUGGAUGGGUUCUGAUGCACACCGACGCAGGAGCGGCCAUUUGUGUGUGGCUCAAAGGUUGUAGUGUGUGUUUUGAUUUCAAGACUUUCAGGACUUGAACUUCAUGACGUCAUCACAUCAUGCUGGCAGCGGGCGCCAGCGUGUGAAUGACCAACUGAAGUUCAAAAAGAUCUGGAGACAAAUGAUGUUUACAUUCACCGAGUGUGGCCCCAGCACCUUGUGCACCUUCAUGGCCCUGAGAACCUCAAUAGCUGUCCUUCUCUUCUUCCGUCCCUCACUGUCUCCCCUCGUCACACUUCUACUGAACAAGUGCAGCAUUUCACUCUCUUUGUUUGGGCUCAAAGCCGGACAAACAUCAUAAGGAUUACACGGCCAGCUCAUCGGAACAUCUCGUUGCCAUAACAACUCUCUCUGUCUUGGCUGUUAGGAAUGAAUCUUGGCGCACUCCCAUCUCGCUCGAGUUUUCCAAAUCAACCUGAGCGUUGUCCUCUUCUCUGGCUGCAUCCUGCCGGCAGGUUGCCCUGGCAACUGUUGCCGCUGCGACAGCCCUUAUCAGCGUGUCUUGAUUCUGAAUGCUAAACACUGACAGCCGACGUUUUCUGCUCCAUUUGGUCUGGAUGUGUGGACUUGUGCUGAACAUGUAUGUUUGUCAGAUGUUAACACUGGUCAUAUGAUUUCAUGCUGCCAUGGCAGUCAGCCAUCUUGACGUAGGUUUGGAUCAUUUAACGCCUGAUGCUCACGUUAUGAUUUUGGAAAACAGAAAUGAAUACAUGCUGCUGGAGUCCAGUCAUGUUAGUGGUGCGUCCUCUGUCUCUGAAAUGAAGCUUCACUUGUGACGAGUGAGUGAGUUUGACUACGAAGGGGUGCCACAUGGAAUCUGGAGGAUGCCGACGGCAUUGGAGUUGGACUGGAAAGUGAAAAGAGCCCUAGUCUGUUGUGCCAUGUUUGUGUGUCUAGUUGUCGUUUUAAGUGGUCAGGAACUCUGGGCGCACGGUGCGCGGCUAUGACUUAUGCCCUCGGAGGAGCCGCGACAUGCCGCAGAAACGCCGGCAUUUAUUAAUCCUUGAAUAAAUACUGCAGCUAGUGUUGUGUGUUACUGAGUGUUGUGGGUCAAUUUUGGCAUUUUUCGGCUACUCAAAAGUAUCCAUAGGAAUGUGAUCAAAAACGUGGACAAAUUAUUUUCAUCGUCAAAAUGUGCGGUGAUAUUUCCCGGUACAGUGAAGGCAUUGACUGGACAUGUGCUGUGCUGCCCUAUCAGGAACCCUGGCUGGCCUCACGAGGGUUUGCGCUUCCCGACAAACAUGGCGCUAGUUUUCGUUCACAUUCCACCAGAGCUGCAGUCAAACUCAGGUGGUCAUAAUGUGGAUUGCACCGAGCUCAGAAGUCAACGAUGCUAGUUGUCCUGUGGAGCAUCCUCAUCAUCAUCCUCACCUGAAGAAGAAGACGCCUCCUCAGCUUGUAUCCCCUGAAACACGGCGAUGUUUCCUCGCGCGGCAAAUGAAAGGAUGUGUUGUUGAGACUCGGGUGUGAGCCACACAGUCACACUGCAGCAGUGUGUGAGUCAGAGCGCACCACACUGCCACUAUAAUGGAAGUGCUGUGUUUCCACGUCGGGCUUGUUCUGACUCAGAUUUGGGCAAUAAAAGCCUUCAUGUCUUUCAGGUCUGAUUGUAAAGUCUGAGGAGGCACUGGAUCGCACCUUUGCUUCCCGUCGUAAAUCCCUGUUUCUUCAUCUCGAUCAAUUAAACAUGUCUUCCUCUUGUCAGCUUCGAGUGCCACAGGUCUCCUGUUUUUUCAGGUUUUUUUUGGACAUCUCCAACUGCAAAUGUGAAUGUAUUCGCUGUUAAUGGGCUUCUCACUGGCAAAUUCAUGAUGUUGUCGGAGGGUGUGUUUUGGAAGCUUCUUUUGCCCGGUGUGUGGAUCCUCCCUGGAGCUGCUCCGACAGAAGCUGCAGGAGCCGAGUCGCUUCGGUAAAUGGUGCCCCGCCUGCUGGACAGCACUGGUACAGGAGGGGUGCCUGCCUCUACGACGUCGUCAGACGUUGCUAGCUGAUGCUAUGAGAUACUUGUAUAAGUAUCUCUGAGCACGGUGUCGCGCACUGUCUCAGCCAAAGUCAAACCGUCAGAACAGACUGUGCUUCUAAAGUGGCUGAUGCUAGCACGGCUAGGACUUCUGCGGCACUGGGAAUUAGCGGCUUGUGUUAGUCAGUAUUCGCCCUAAUGAUAAAGGAACAGCAGCGCCGACCGCUCAGCUGACAGUAGCGUGACGAAGCCGUGGAAUCUUUGCACGAAGUGAAACUGCGAAUGGCUUUUCAGCGGAAUCUUUGUCCGUCUUGUUGCCCGCACACGGCAUAGUUCUCUUUUUUUCAUGAAAGGAUGGAGAUCCCACAGUCUGAAAGUGAUCCAGCAUGGAAGGAUGACAGCAUGGAGUCAGUCACCUUCUGCGGGGUCAGGCUGAGAGGCGCCUGGGACGGUUGCCAUGAUGUAAAAGUAGGUCCACGGCGGCUGCACGCCUCAUCCAGGCAGACCUCCCGACGUGAAAACCAAAGAGACAAGGCGGAAAUUCAAGAGGAGUUAGCGUUUGACCGAACUGCUACCGCAGAAAAGAUUAAAGAGAGAGACAGCAGAUAAUUGGACAGUUUUGAGCUUCAAGGUUGUUUUCCUCAGCUGUAGCGCGCGGAACACCAUCCACCACUGUCCACGCGCGGCGCAGACCCCCAGGGUGGUGUUUCACACUGCUUCCCUCCGCCCCUACAAGCCCUCUCCCCGCUCCACACGGCUUAAUUUCCUCCCUGUCAGCCCUCCUCCUUUAAAUAUAGCAGUCUAGUGACAGCAGAGCUCCAUGCAUUAUUGAUACGCUGUCAAUGAUGCAUGCUCUGCAGCGCUGGUGCUAAUUCUCUCCCGAUGGCUGAGGCCAAAACCAUCCGACCUCUGUCAUUUAUACGCAUCAUUAUUGCCCUUAUUUGUCACGUGGCCGUCAGGAUGGCAGCUUGUGGGAAUCUGUUGCCUGCACCACUGUGUCACCCGGAUUCCGCCGGUCCCGCUCGCCUCGCUGUUUCCCUCCUAAACCAGAUCAUUGCUGCGCCUCCGAAGCCGACCUCCCUUUAUUGGAUUUAAUCCAGAUGUAUUAUUUAGCUGGUUCUCAUUUCCAAGUCCUGGAUUUGUACUAGCCGCCUGGCGAGGACGGCCUUUUCUGAAGUGUGGCCGAGCAGCUCCUCAGGUCCUCAGACCUGCGAGCUGUCCUUAAUUUGACUUGAGCACGGACGUCUGCGCCUGUCUCCGGAUGGCCCGGGGAAGCCUGCUGUUGACGUCUUCCUUGCUCAAGUCGGGCGCUUUGAGACCCGCGCGGCCGUUCGCUUGUCAGAGUGUGUGUGUGGGCCGCGACGUGAGCGUGAUGAGCGGCGCCUCCUCUCGGGCGACCGACUCCCCCGCGACGCUCGGCGGCCUCCGAGGAGAAUUCCCCUGAAACAGUCAAAGCAGCGGCGGCGGGUUGAAACCUGGAUUAAUGGGAAGAGCUGCGGCGGAGCUGCUUAACAUAGACUCCUUAUCAAUGCUUUAUGGAGGGGGAUGUGAGUGUGACGCACCUCGUAACUCCUCUGUUGAACACCGGCGGAGUUUGAACGCUCGGCGCUUCAUGCUUGUGAAAGCCCUCAGACGUCCUGUGGGAAACUUAGGAAAAAAAGAUGGGCUGAGGGGAAGCUGUUUUUCUUCCUUCCUAUGAGCAUUUGAAGAGACCUCGCUGACAUUUGGAGUUGCAUAACAGGCAUGACUGUCAUUACAGCAUCGUUCUGUGUGGAGGUGACCGCGGCCGGCCAGUUUGAAGUCUCACUCAGAGUGAAGUUCUGUGAAGCCGUCUUCAUCAGAGCAGUCGCAUCAAAGGACAACUUUAUGGUGAGGAUGUGGAAAUGACUGAGGAUAAAUGAACUCAGCGAUGUUCUGGUCCUCAACACACGAGCAGUGUGUUCAUAGAAGAAGCUGAAGUCAUCAAACUUCAGGGAGACACCGCCUGUAGUGCCAGUUUUGGGGACACACAGGCCAUAGAUGCAGCUAACCAUGGCAAGGUUUGGGGCGAGUCGACCUCUCAGAUUGUCCUUGCCGCGGCCAUAGUCGGCCACCUCUCUCCCUGACGGCCAGUCUUCAUAGCCAGGUUCACCUUCUGCUGCAGGGUGUAGUCCCUCGUGGCUGGUCUGCAGUUCGCUGAGAAUGGAGCAGGUCUUUGACCUCCACUGUGAAGGCCCUCAGACGACCAAGUGAAGUGACUGACGUCCCUAAGACAUGGGACAACACUUGAUGACGUCAUGUCACCGUCAAGCAUUUGGCUCGCUAACGUGUGAAAGUCAACAAAGAGAAGAGUGCUCCUGGCUACUAACAUGUCCCUGUUGUCCUGUCCAACAUUGUUUUGAAACGAAGUCCUUUGGUCUCCUGGACAUCUCUCCACACUUCAUCUUCCCACCUGGUUUCAAGUCAGCUCCGGAGCUCCCUGGGUUUGAAGGGAUCAUUUCCAGUGGUGAGCGGCCAGUGAGGAGGACUGGGACACACCACACUGACACGUGACGCUCAGAGCCCAGUGUUAAGGGUGAGAAAUGGGACAUGAGCCUUUGUCUUGGACUCACCUUCACCUGACUGGCUCAGUUGCCUUCACGGUCUACCAACAUGAAGUGAGUGCUGAGGUGAGGUGGACACUCUGACCAGUGAGGAAAGCCCUCUUGCAGUCUCGUGUGUGUGUGAGCGCGUGCGUGCGUGUGUGUGUGUGUGAGAGUGUGCUGGGACUUGAAUCUCCUGGAGCAUCUGUAACUAUUAUAGGAAGCGCUGACCCAGCAGCUCCGCUCCUCUGAGAGGAAGCGUUCACAGUUUAAAAGCACAUUUCUCUCUCUAUCGACAGAAUCCCGGCCCAGAUUUACUUUACGGCCACCUUGGCUCGGCAUCAUAAUCACAGUCUGCUGCGCAUGAUGUUCGCUGGAGGCUGGGCGGGCAGGCGGGCACUAUAGGACUUUGAAGUGUAAAUCCCAGCCUUCGAGAAGUCAGUCAGACGACCGCGGUGGAUGGGAGCCGUUAUUGGACGUGAGAGCCGGCUGGAGGACGGCGGGUCCAUCCCGCGGCGCACGCCGUCUCCGCAUCAGGAAGCGGUUGUAAACAGUCAUCAGUGGGGAAUAAACUUGCACUGGCGCUAUCGAUUUCUCUGCACCUUCAUUGUCUCCGCCCACACAGCCAGGCAGAGCCGUCGCUGCUGAUUUAUUUAUCUUCUUUGGGCUACAGUUGAAUCACCCUGAAGUAAAAAGGGGUUCAAGUGAAUCACAAAAACUCCACAUUUGAUGAUUCAGCCGCGGCUAGAACCAGAACUGUGGUCUUCAGACUCUCCGCUCUGAGAGCAGUUGAAACUACAAACAACUCCUCUGCACCUUCACGUGUGUGGCGCUUUCCCACGCAACGACUUAUGUCGCCCGGGGAGUCCCCACCUCCCGGGCCCGGAGAGUGACGGGGAAGGCCCGAAAUAGAGGAGGACUGCGGAGGAAGAUUGAAGAGAAACAUGGCUGACAGGAGGAGAGAUGGCACCGAGAGACUCGCUGUCACUGCUGAUCCGUCUGUGUGGUGUGUGUGCACGUGUGCGUCACAUUUGCAUGAGUGGCGUAAGUGUGCAUAAUGAUGCACAUGUCCCAGUGAGUGGAGUGGGCCUUCGUGUCGGCGUGCGUUGCUUAUAUGUCACCCAGCGCCCGCGGGGUGAUGACUCCUCACUGUCCCUGGCUCAGGAGACGCAGGGGAGGAGGUGCACGGCAGACUUCUCCAGCUCCUCUGCCUUUUUUCUGGCCCUGCGCCGCAGAAGAGGCUGCAGUUCAGUUCCCCUCUUCUCAGUGACACACCGCUCGGCGCUGUGGCUGCUUACCUCCUCGCUCACUCCUCCCACGGCCUCCUCCUGCCACGUUCACCCCCCGCAGAGAUGCCUGAGUCGCUCUUCACCCCCUCACAUUCAAACGCACAUUAUUUUGGACUUUUUGCGUCAACACACCCUGUGACAGACUCCAUUUACCGUGGCUUCCAUCUCUGGCAUUCACAGUCCGAGCUGAACACUGGGUCCCGAAAAAACUCAACUUUAUGGAACUGCAAGUUCAAAGAAAUCAUUAUUUGUGUUCACACACAAGGCCAACAGUAUGUAACGGAUGACUCGAAAUGAGAGUAAUAUUUUGGCAAUUAUCAGCUCACAACGGUGAUGGACAGACUGAUGUUCAUGGUGUGGUCCAUGAUGUUCACUGAUGAUAUAGUGAUUCACUGUUUUGCAGAAGCUUUGUGGAACCGUGCAGGAAUACAGCGGAAAUGAAGGCCGAAGAACAUUCACUCAGAGCUGUGUGUGUCUGUCGUGAGUCGGCUGGUGUCAUGUUCAUCGGUCGAACAGAGCCUUCCAGAUGUUGAGCAGCAAGCUCUCGAGUCUUCCCGUGAAGUGGACGAGUCACUAGGAUGCAUCAUCUGUUUCACCAUCUUUUUCAGCAUUUAAAACAAUGUGAUGUGAAAAGCAGUUCAUCAUUUUUGUUUCAUAAGGCCUGAUAAACCAUACGUAAAGUUUUUCAACACCUCAAAUAUGCCAUCAUUGUUUGUAGCCUCCGCGAUUCUCUCUCCAUCUUAUGAGAAGUGCACGGUUUUACAAAAAUGCUGAUUCAGUUUUUCGCAUGAAUCAGCAGGACAGCGAACAAGUGUCGGUUUAAUGCUCUUUUCCCCGUCUGUUUUCCGCAGCAGUGUGGUGUGCGUUGUGGACUCAGUGUGUCAGUGUGUCAAACCUGCUUGACACCGAGCCUGUGGGCCGGCUGGCUGGAGGGUGUUAGUGAUGACCCGAGCUGCUGACCCACGCCUGCGCCUUGCACUUGAGUGUGAUCAUGAGGCUGCGCUGGUGUUUCUGGAGAGAUGCGUGUUGUUUGACGGUCAUGUUGAGCGCCACAUUUAGGAGCAUCCUCUCUGCUUCUGAAGAGGAUUCCAACUUCUGACAUGCUGUCAUCCUCUUCUUCCUUCAACAAAUGUGGUUCAUAUUUUGGUUCCUGAUGUGAUGCGCCUCUGGUCAAAAUUACAGCUCAGGUUCAGAGAUAAACAAGGGUCUGAUGUGAGUGUAGCAGGAAGUGCUAACGGUGUGAACAGCUGCAGGGAUGAAUUGAAAUGCUGUGAGGUAUUGGUGGGGUUUUUUUUGGGAGGUAGGUGGCGUGGUCAAGGCGGGGAUCCGUUCCUUGAAAUGUAUUGUGACAUUGUGCUCAAACAAUCGAAGCUCUUGUUCCGCCUUUCGUGGCAUGUCUUGACGCUGUGGGCAGCGCAUCAUGAGAGAAAGAAAGACGGCGGUUGGGGUUAUAUGUCACUUGUUUUUUAUGGCCCCUCAAAUGGCCACCUUCUGACAUCCCAUUAAACUCAGUGGGGAGAGCGCCUCCUCCUUUGAGAUGACGCGGGAGGCUGCCUUUAGCGUCAGCAUGUUACGCAAAAGUCCUCUUUCCCAAGGCCAAUACGUGACGCCAUGGUGGUGAGGAUGGGUUGGCUGAAAAAGCAAGGUGGAAUAAAGGCAGAGCUCUUGUUCGUCUGGGAUAGAAAAGUCAAGCGCUCGCCCAAUCCUGGCUGGCGCUGAUGUCUUUCCUGAGCAGCAGCCAGGAAGCCGUGAGGUCCGAAGCCCCUCCUGCCUGCAAGCAGCCGCGGAACCAUGCUGUUUUCAGAGGGAAGCACGCUGCAAUUUGGUUGCACUCCUCCCAAUAUUUAAAUCGCUCUCCUCAGACGUGGGAAGACUCCUCCAGUCAUUGUGCAGCUAAGAAGCUUUUUUUUUUUUUAAACUGGUCUUCUGGCUUUUCUAUUUUCAUCGGCGAUGUUGUGUAAUCUGAUUAUUGUAAUCCAGUUAUACACACAUGUAUCUGACUCCCGCAGCCUUGACGUGGGUGCCGACAUGAAACCGGCUCCGGCUCUUUCUCCUGACCCCGAACGGCUGGCAUUAGCAUACACAGAGGUGAGAGACGUGCCUGCACCGUGGGAUGGGAAGUCUUUGGCAGUCGGCUGAUGUGCCGCGGCCUCUCUGCUGUCACGCUACAUAGAUGACGCUAAAGCAGCCAGCCAUUGUCAUUUCCAUAUGAUAUCAUGGCUUCAUGAACGGAGGGUUAUAUGCACAUGUAUUUCAUAUCACUCUGUCCACCAGAGGGCAUCGACUCAGCGUGUCACUCACACUAGAGUCCAGUCCAGGUGAAUGCUGGACGCUGGACUGAGCUCAUGCCAGUAUCGCACCGACAACUCCACCGAGGGAAGACCCAGUGCCAGACCCUUGACCUGGACUGGCACCUUCUUGCUGUCUCAGCUGAAACAUUCAACAGAGUCAGAUGUCUCACUUGACCACGGUCAUCGAAGUGGCGGGGCCGAAGCCAGUCGGAGGUGCUGUUCAGGAAGUGCUUCUGACGCGCUAACCUGGAGGCAGACUCUGGGCUGUACAUGCCCCAACUGGUCGCUGCUGGGGGUGAAGUGGGGAGGCCAAGGAUGGCACCGUGCCUGGACGUGAAGGUUCGCGAGCCGACACAGGUGCUUCUGUCGCUUUUAAUUUCAUCUGCUGUGAUGAAGGACCCGUGUCAGCGCUCCUCAGCUCCCGCCACAGCUUCCCUCCACCUCGCUGCUGGGACACAGUUGUACAGCGUAACCUUGGAGACGCGGCUAAUCCUCCAACCCCUCCCUCCGACUGACCGUCUUCCUCAACUCUCCUCCACUUCAUGAGGUUUACAGUGUUUUCUCAAUUAUCCAGCGACUUCUUUACCUCCCCUCCUUUGUUUGUCCUGUGGAAGGACGUUUGUUUUCCUGUGGGGGGGAGGUAAAUCGACAUGGAGAGAUGAGUUAUCGAUUAGCCAGCAGGACGCAGGCGAGUGCUAAUGCCACUGGAGAGAGAGAGAGCGAACGAGAGAAGAUGCAGCGACAGGUCCUGCAUGAUGUCCAGGCCUGUGCACGCCACCACUGUGACACGCUUGUGACAUGCUACAAUAUUCUUUACCUUCCAGUCACUUGGCCCAGUCGGAAUUAUCGGAGGUUUUACAGCGAUCGUUGGUGUUUGCUUUGCCAGAGAAGAUUAACUCUCGGACCAUUAGAGCGACUCCCAGGAUCCAUGAAAUAUUCUGCUGUUUAGAUUCCAGACCACUAUCUUCUCUCACUGUGAAGGCUGAAUCAUGGUAUUCAUCCACUGACUUCAGCGCCGGCCUUGGAGGCUCCACAAAGGCUGUGACGACACGAGUGUUCGACUGGAAACACGCCAGAGUGGAGCUUAAAACUGGCUCGAGGUUAUGAGAUAACAACGUACGGCAAGGUAAGCUCUUCCCCAAGUAUGUUGGGGUCUUGUUCUGGAGUGAGGGAAGGGUGGCGAUGGAGAGAAAGAUUGGCACAGUGUCUUCAGUUUGAGGACCACUGCUUUGUAGAGAGGACUCUCAGUUAUAGCUCAGGCAUCCAGGAGAGACUCGGAGUAGAACCACUGCUCAGUUAAGGUGGCGUCUUGCAAAGAUGUCUGCUGCAAUAGUGGUAUGGUCUUCAACGGAUGGAUCUUGAUUCAACCUCAAGUAACUCUAUAGAACUAUUCUGAAGUUCACAAGUCCGUUGGCGGCUGGCUCUUUUGUUUCAGUGGCUUUGGCUUCAUGUUGCUAAACUCACUGUGAACUUCCCAGAUUCUGCUGAAUGGAGCAGAUUUUCGAAGCGGGAGAUGACUGAAGCGCUGCGAAGAGAAGUGUUGACAAACAGGUGUGUAAUCUUGUUUCAUUUCAAAUCCACGACUCUCUGGGAGAGAAGGAGACUGGAAUCAGCCGAGGCUUGUGCCGAACUUUGUCUAAGCCACUUAGGAUGGCGCGUCCUCAUUGGCUGGCUCGUGAGCUGCCGGGUCCAAUCGAUUUGCGGCGGGAGUUUUGGGGAUUAUGGUCUUCAGGAGAACACACAUGUUGUGUUUUUCGGAAGGCAGCGGGAAAGGAAGCACUCUUGCUAGCGAUCCACGUGUUCCUCCGACUUCCCCGGAGAACAGCGAUAAAAUCCAAGGUGCCGUUUAUGACAAGGAUUUAUCCAGGGACACCAUUUCACGCACGGCUGUCCGUGAAGAGACGUCUUCACUCAGGCAGCGUUCUCUCCGACACCAGCCCGGUGCAGUCGUGGCGACGGGUUGACGUGAUCUGCAGGAGCCAUUUUGAAAAGCACCAUAAGUGUUUGUGGCAGACCGGAGAUGAUUGACAUGCACAGCACCCUCUGGGAUCGAGCCGAGUCAGCGUGCACCUCCCUCCCUCCCUCAGCUUUCCUCCCAGAGCCUCCCUCUCUCUGGCUGUCUUCGUGCCGUUACGUAAUGGUUUGUUUCCCCCAAGGUGAAUCGACCGGCUCAGCGCUGCACCCCAGAGUUGAUUGUUGAACGUUUUCAAGUGUGUGUGUACGAUGCACUACGUGCAGCCCUGGUGAGCCGGUGUCGCCGCAGCAACCCCCCCUCCACCACCACCCCUCGCCGCAGCAGAAGUCGUUGCAGUAAUGAGCGAAGGUGAAUCUGACUUGACUGUCUUCAAUCCAUGGAUUAGCAGCGAUGAGGUCUGACUGCCGCAGCAGAGCUCUGCACGUGUGUGUCUCUCCAGCCGGGCAGAAUGAAAGCGUUAUUUACUCCUCGACCUGCUUUAUUGAGUCCACCGGACUCUGAGUCAGCUGCCUACAAGUCUGACACCUCCGCUCCUACGACGUCGCUAAUUUCCAAAACUGGUGCGGCGCUGCCUGCUAGCUGCUCCCAUCUGGCUCGGUGGAAAAACCACAAGAUCUAAAGACGGAAACUGGAGGAGCCCAAGGAGCUGGGGACGAGGUGGUUGACAUGUGACACCGACCAGGUCAGGCUCACAUCACCAGCCGUUUUGUUUACCAUCUAUCACUUAUUAUUCCUGUCAAGAGGGUCCGGGGGGCCUCACUCCAUCUCCGAUAACCACCCACAAUGUAGAGUCAGCAAUUCCCCUCUGAGGAAAACACAUUCACCUCCCUCAAACACAAACCCAACACGCUCAGUUGUUUUGCAGCAUCAAAAUGUCGACCAUUUUUUUCACCCAUAGGGGGCGGAGUUUUCUUGUCUUGAGUCGAGAAUGUAUUUCCAAAAAUCCAAAAAUUAAUGUUUGAGUCUCAGGGAAGUCGUGUCUGUGGGAGAGUGUUAAGCACUACCCUUCACCACAGAAGCUACAGCGCACUCCACGCUUCCAAGUCACCUCACCAACCCUCUAAAGUCAGCACUAGCGUGUACGGGCUGGAGUUCAGUUGUAUCUCCUUCAUCCACAGGUCCGCUGACUGUCGCUGUGGUCGCACCACCAUGUCACCUCUGAGUCUCAAGGAAGUCGUGUCUGUGGGAGCACUACCCUUCACCACAGAAGUUACAGCACACUGGACCCUUCCAAGUCACCUGACUAGUCCUCUAGGGUGGGAGCGACCGUGUCCUCAGUUCAGUUGUGUAGCGUCUCCUUCAUCCACAGGUCAGCUGACUGUCGCUGUGGUCGCACCACCGUGUCACCUCUGAGUCUGGGGAACAGGAUGGAUGGACUCAUCGGCACACGCCGACUCGCUGGAAUAGCGCUCCAUCCUGGCGUAUCUUGCCUAAUGACCCAAGAACAAUAACAAUGGCCGCGGCAUGCGGCGAUUCAGUCUUAGCGGCACGGAGAGCACGGAGGAGCGGCGAGUGACGAGGAUGGAAAGAGACGGAUGCAAAUGAAAGGAGGCAAACAAAUGUGGAGCGGAGGGAAAAACACACAAUCGAUGAUCAGCUAAGUAGCAUUAGCAUUGUUCACACAUGCCCAGCCUCGCCGGCCCACACCCACUCACCCAGCCAACCCCUUCCUCUCGCGGCCUCUCGCUCUGUCUUGCUGCAGCGUUGCCGUGGUGAUGGAGAAAUGUGGGAAUACCUCUGUCCUUCAGAGAGAGAGCGAGCGAGCGAGAGAGAGGAGGCAAGACAAAGGGCAGGAGGAAGGCAUCGAGGAAGAGACAUCAGUCAUCGGCUGAACAUUAAUAAAAGCCUUGUUAGCUCUCAGAGGAGCCGCCAAAGUAUGAGACACCGGCGCUGCACACAAACAAAUGUGCGUCAGAGUCAGCGCCCCGCUAAUGCAUUCAGCCCUGCUCCCUCGCUUCCACGAAAGAGAGUCAGUGGAAAGUGUUUGGACGAGUUAGCGUGCACACGCACCUCGGCUCACCGACACACGCAGACGUGAUUGCGGUGGCACACAUGUUAAUCAGCGGCCAGCCGAGCGCCUAUGUAUUUAACUGGGCUCCUCUCUGUGUUGUGAGGCCAGUUACCAUGACAACACAUCCAGACUGAAAUAGCCUCAUUGCCUUUUACUUUCCAUUAAGAGUUGCGAGCUCGCCGCCGAGUAGCCAGAGCACUGGCGGAUAUGUGCGAUCGAACCAUUCAUCCGUAAGCUGCUGCUGCCUUAUGUUUGCGAUGCAGCCACCGAAGGUGCAGAAACGACACAUAUAUGGAUAGAUAUACAUACAUACUGUAUGUUGACAUUGGGAAAGUGGACGUCCCAUGCUGACGCCAAAGUCAGGCUUUCGCGUUGCAUGUUCGGCCACCCGUGGCAUAUCCCGAGCCCAUGGGCUUAAAAGAAGAUCGAGGGUUGGUGUCAGGGUUUACCAUGGGAUGGCGCUCCGCUCACUCUGCACGUGGUAAUGUGUCACUUGGUAUAUAUGUAACAAGUAUGUUCUACUAUGUGUGAAGUUCGUCAAAACUCCUUCUGUUGCUGUUGUUUUUCUCUUUUUGUUUUGGGGAGCUAUUACUUUAUUCAUUAGGCUCUAUUGGAUUUUGCUCGAGGACUUUGAUUUUGAAGGGCAAAGCUCUGCGUUAUGACGAAGUUCAGCAGUUUGCCCCCUUUUUCGCUGGACUCAGUCAGUGGGUAGGUGAAACACACCGCUCUGCUGAAAAUCAACGUCGAAACCAGUCACUUUAAGUGAAGACAAGAACUCUAUUGUUAGUAUAAGCACCAUGAGAUUUCGGUUUUGUGACCAACUGCUUCAUGGAGUUGUCGUCAUGUUGGGGAAAAGAGUGCUAAACUGUUAGCACCGUGGAUGUGCGUGCUUCACUGUGACUGUGUAUUUUAAUGUGUAGGUGAGCAGCGGGUUUGUGGACUCGAGACCCCAACCCGGUGUGACUUGUGUGUGUGACUCGGUCUUUUCUUUUGUCCAGUCCAGUUACAUAUACAAGGCCUCAAAAUACUUGGACACUCCACCAGUGAGGAUGGAGUCAGCAUGCGACGCGGAAGGCUGACUUGUGAGUUGGCAUGGGACGCUGAAGAAUGGGUCAAGGGUCAACACUGGAUCGCCAUGACCGCAUUCCUUCCUCCUAAACAGUCCGUCAUGUCUUUCCAUCUGGUCUAUCCCACCAAUCGGUAUUUGAGCCGAGGUCAUUCGCCGCUCCUCCUAGUCUGGCUGUUUUCUAGAUAGACCUUGAUGCUGACUGGUCUCUUCUCUCGCUGCGGUCAGAGGGCAACAUUAGGUGGUAAAGUAUGGGAGACCAAGGCACUGUCCCACCCUGCCUCAUGGCCAGGCACUGCCCACGUGAGACAGGCUCUGUCUGGAGGUCUUUUUUAAAAGCUGACAAGAGACCGGAAAAUGACUCCUAUCGAAUUAGAUGACCAGGAACUACUCCUCUGGGGGGCGCUGCCCAUGACAAGAUGUCGCUGGUGUAUCAACAUCUCACUGACGGUGUCUGAGAAUCUCUGUCCACAGUUUGUGCUUCAUUUCCCAGACAAGGUUUGUGCGAUGUCGAGUGCUGACAGGCCCCAAGACUGUGAGCAGCUGUCGGCCUUCAGGUUGGAGCGGCCGGCGGAAGCCGUGUGCGUCAGGUCCGGCUAUAAAUGUAGCGUCCACGUCGCAAUUAUUUCAUCUCAAGAGCCUCGGUGGUGAUGUUUUAAUCCCCCCUUUUUUUUUCAAGCAGCUGUUGGUGCAGUAUCCAAGUACCCCCCUCCACAGUCCUUGUCCCCGUCGUCCUCCCCUCCCACAUCGCCCUCACCUUCCUGCCAACCUGCUGCACAAAUCCUGCUCAAAUUCAUUUUAUUGGCAGCUAGCAUUUCCAUGGAAACAUCUCGAAACCAUGGCAACUAUUUGAAUGAAGCGUUUCAAAACCGCAGCUCUGUCUCCCUCCACUUCCCUCGUCGACGUCCUCACGUCCGUGCGGGAACGUGGCUCACUCUUCAGGCCCUGUGUUGCUGUUCAACACACACAGAUGGUGAGUCUUCCUUCACCUCGUGCUCUCAUGAGCUGAAGUGUCUGGUGCUGCCAUCAAACUUCCGUCUCCCCCUCGCUGAGCAGUCUGAUCCCCCUCUCCUGACUGGACUGGCUGGACCCUCCUGAUGCUUCAGGCCUCUGUUGCUCACUUGUUUGUCAGAGUGGCACCGUUUCAGAGGUGAGCCUUGAGGAUAAGAGCUUUCAUUUAACAUUGCUGUCGUUGCCAUAGUGACUCUUGAGAGGCCAGAUGAUGUCACUGAAGCAGCAUUUGAACAAGUAUGAGAGAGUCUGAUGGUAAGCCACGCGUCUUAGCUUGAACACCGCUGCUUCCUGUUUCAGAAUAAGAGUCUGACCAUCUUCUAAGGUCCAUUUGUGCUCCCUUUUUCAAACAUUGUCCCCGUCACUGACCACAUGCUUCCAUGCGUUCUGGUGUAGUGCAGCUGUGUCAGGUCAGGUCACCACAGGCUCUCAGAUGACACAAAUAUACCAGCAAGUCCAUGUUCACCAGAGGGUUUCCUCCACCGUCACCUGUCCUGAUCACCCUCGACUCACUCCUUCAUCUGUUCAUUUACCCGUGAACCUCACCUCAUCUUGUCUUCCUCCUCUCUCCACAUGUCAAAACCAUCUGCCCUCCCUGCUUCUUCUUCUCUUUCUUCCUUGGCCUUCUCCCUUCAGGGGUGGCCACAGCUGAUCCUCUUCCUCCAUCUCACCCUGUCCUCUGCUUCCUCUUCUCUCAAACCGACAAACUUGAUGUUCUCCUUCACCUCAUCCAUAAAUCUCCUGUUUGGCCUUCUUCUCCACCGUCUGAUGUUCUCAUCAUCUCCCCCUCAGGAUCUCCUCUAACUUCCUGCCUUCAUGUGAUCAGCAGGUGGUAAGCAGAUCUCCUAAAUGACCAGUCUGCCUACAUUCCUCUGUUCUCCUGCGGUCACUGAAGUGACAGUGAGAAGUUUCACGAAUGGAGCAGAGGUCUGAUAAACCCUUUAAGGAUAUUAAGGACUUUGUGGUGGCAGUUUUGUCGGAGCAACUGUCAUCAGGAACACCGGCCCAGCAGGGAGCCCAUCGAUCACAUUGGCUGCCCUCUGAGAUGUUGUGAGGUCAUCCAUUCAGGUCAUCCUUGAAGGAAUGAGAUCAGGCAGAUACGUCUCAAAGGAGAGGGAGCGAAGGUGAGGUCUGGCACAUUGCUGCCCUCGGACAGGCUGAAGAUAAUGGCAUGGUGGAGUCUUUUGGAGACCAUACCGGCUGAAGCCUCGGGGGUCUGGCAUGUGUCGGAGCAGGUACUCUUGACACAGCAUUCUUUGUCUCCUUGAGAAUAAAGGUCAGCCGUCCCGGCGCUGUGGUCGCCGCUAACCCAGCCAUUGUUCACCGAGACGCAACAUUUAGCCGGAGAAGUGAAUAUAUUGUUCGGGGGACAGAUGAAGAUCCGUUUACAUCGGCGAGGAGCAGAAAGCAAAGACGUUUUUGCCUCAGAUGUCUUCCAGCGCAGACACAAUGUAGCCACAUACAUUUAGAGCCUCAUUUAGCAGCCCAGAGAAAUUCUGCCUCAGAUGGAUGGAGACGGCGGCGAGGGAAAGGUCUGACGGGGAGGACGAGGAAGUGGAUCUCGCCAUGGAAUUGAGCAGUUUUUAAGAGAAGAGCGGCGUCGCUGGACGUGAUCUCGGAGCUAUUAAAAGUUGUUUACUUCUCUUUUUCCAGAGUGGUUCCUUUGAUCGCUGACAGCUCUGACGGAGACCAAAACAUUCCUGCAGAACUUGCAUGACUUCACUUUUGU